GCUCGAUGCCUGCCCUUCUUUGCCCACAUCAACAGGAAGUUCGGACGCUUCUUCUGAUAGUUUCUCUUCUGAUUCAGCCGCGAUACGCUUCACGGGCGACUGCUCCAAACCAGCAAAGCCUUCCACCACCGGGCUAGGAAGAAUGCCGAGUCGUUCGCCAGGCCUAGAGGUAGUGCCUGUGGCAGCAGUACCAGCCGGCGCCUCCCACGCCUCACGUCUUCGACCAUGGAGCCCAUCUAAGCCCUCCGCAGCGUUGGCGCCCGCGCCCGCUGCGGAUUCAUUCACCCUGGUGAGAUUGUCAGGCACAACCGGGACCGCCUCAUCAUUCUCUGUGCCAGAGGACUUGGCCACCGGCUCGGGAUGGUCCAGCACAAGACUAGUCGGUCGCGACCUCGAUCUAGUCGUAGACUUGGAUCUAGAGCGCUCCCUCAGCCGCUCGAAAGCCUGCGAAAGUGGUCGACCAGCGAACGAAGAAGGCGUCUGCGUCCUCCCCUCAGACGGAGAAGGCGAGGGUGAAACGCUAGGCAGAGGCGGUAUGGGCGCUUCCGAACGCGAUGCGAGCGUAGACGACACGGCAGCGGUAGGCAAGGGUAGGGAAGGAGGUGGAUGAGUUGUGGCUGCGCGUAAAGAGGGGACGGGCGAAUCUUUUGGCGGUGGGACGGGAGGAGGUGCAAGGGCCUACGGAGAAGACUUACUA